CCUUGUGGAGGCGUGAGCAGUCAAGACACAUGGCCAAAUAAUCUUGGCGGAGACACAAUCUAAAGUAUACAAGCAUCAUUAAGUAUGUAUCACAGGUUCCCCCUGCUAGCAGCACAAAGUGAGAGCUUGCUCUGUUUUAGCAUCACCGUCCCCACCCAACAAGAAUGUGUGCAUGAUUCCAAACCCCAUCAACAGCAAGCGCUUACAGCUGAACUAUGCCCCACGGGCCUGCAUAUUUUACCCGCGAUCAACAGAAGCCAGGCCUACGCCCUAUCGCGUGCGAUUCCAUGGUUACUGCCUCCCUGCCCUGGUUCGUGGAUUUUGUGUGCUUAUUUUGGCGCCAUGCAGCGGGCUAAUUAUUGGGGGCUAAUACCAUGGGCAGAUGUGGCGCAUACUAUGUAGUACGGCGCGCGAACAAGAUGACUUGGAAUCAGGAGCUGGAAUAUUUGGCAUGAUUGUGAUUUCGAGAAUUGGGUAUCCCUACGAUUCGUGCCAAGGGAAGAGCGGCCGUCUGGGACAGGAGGACACGCAUAAAUAGGGGAAGCCC